AUGCAGAUUCUCCUGCGUCUGGAGCUGCAGAUUCUCCCGCGUCUGGAGCUGCAGAUUCUCCCGCGUCUGGAGCUGCAGAUUCUCCCGCGUCUGGAGCUGCAGAUUCUCCCGCGUCUGGAGCUGCAGAUUCUCCCGCGUCUGGAGCUGCAGAUUCUCCUGCGUCUGGAGCUGCAGAUUCUCCCGCGUCUGGAGCUGCAGAUUCUCCUGCGUCUGGAGCUGCAGAUUCUCCUGCGUCUGGAGCUGCAGAUUCUCCCGCGUCUGGAGCUGCAGAUUCUCCCGCGUCUGGAGCUGCAGAUUCUCCCGCGUCUGGAGCUGCAGAUUCUCCCGCGUCUGGAGCUGCAGAUUCUCCCGCGUCUGGAGCUGCAGAUUCUCCCGCGUCUGGAGCUGCAGAUUCUCCUGCGUCUGGAGCUGCAGAUUCUCCCGCGUCUGGAGCUGCAGAUUCUCCUGCGUCUGGAGCUGCAGAUUCUCCCGCGUCUGGAGCUGCAGAUUCUCCCGCGUCUGGAGCUGCAGAUUCUCCCGCGUCUGGAGCUGCAGAUUCUCCCGCGUCUGGAGCUGCAGAUUCUCCCGCGUCUGGAGCUGCAGAUUCUCCCGCGUCUGGAGCUGCAGAUUCUCCUGCGUCUGGAGCUGCAGAUUCUCCUGCGUCUGGAGCUGCAGAUUCUCCCGCGUCUGGAGCUGCAGAUUCUCCUGCGUCUGGAGCUGCAGAUUCUCCCGCGUCUGGAGCUGCAGAUUCUCCUGCGUCUGGAGCUGCAGAUUCUCCCGCGUCUGGAGCUGCAGAUUCUCCUGCGUCUGGAGCUGCAGAUUCUCCCGCGUCUGGAGCUGCAGAUUCUCCCGCGUCUGGAGCUGCAGAUUCUCCUGCGUCUGGAGAUGCAGAUUCUCCUGCGUCUGGAGCUGCAGAUUCUCCCGCGUCUGGAGCUGCAGAUUCUCCCGCGUCUGGAGCUGCAGAUUCUCCCGCGUCUGGAGCUGCAGAUUCUCCCGCGUCUGGAGCUGCAGAUUCUCCCGCGUCUGGAGCUGCAGAUUCUCCUGCGUCUGGAGCUGCAGAUUCUCCCGCGUCUGGAGCUGCAGAUUCUCCUGCGUCUGGAGCUGCAGAUUCUCCCGCGUCUGGAGCUGCAGAUUCUCCCGCGUCUGGAGCUGCAGAUUCUCCCGCGUCUGGAGCUGCAGAUUCUCCCGCGUCUGGAGCUGCAGAUUCUCCCGCGUCUGGAGCUGCAGAUUCUCCCGCGUCUGGAGCUGCAGAUUCUCCCGCGCCUGGAGCUGCAGAUUCUCCUGCGCCUGGAGCUGCAGGUUCUCCCGCGCCUGGAGCUGCAGGUUCUCCUGCGCUUGGAGCUGCAGGUUCUCCUUCGUCUGGAGCUGCAGGUUCUCCUUCGUCUGGAGCUGCAGAUUCUCCUGCGUCUGGAGCUGCAGAUUCUCCUGCGUCUGGAGCUUCAGAUUCUCCCGCGUCUGGAGCUGCAGAUUCUCCCGCGUCUGGAGCUUCAGAUUCUCCUGCGUCUGGAGCUUCAGAUUCUCCUGCGUCUGGAGCUGCAGAUUCUCCUGCGCCUGGAGCUGCAGAUUCUCCUGCGUCUGGAGCUGCAGAUUCUCCUGCGUCUGGAGCUGCAGAUUCUCCCGCGUCUGGAGCUGCAGAUUCUCCCGCGUCUGGAGCUGCAGAUUCUCCCGCGUCUGGAGCUGCAGAUUCUCCCGCGUCUGGAGCUGCAGAUUCUCCCGCGUCUGGAGCUGCAGAUUCUCCUGCGCCUGGAGCUGCAGAUUCUCCUGCGUCUGGAGCUGCAGAUUCUCCCGCGUCUGGAGCUGCAGAUUCUCCUGCGCCUGGAGCUGCAGAUUCUCCUGCGCCUGGAGCUGCAGAUUCUCCCGCGUCUGGAGCUACAGAUUCUCCUGCGCCUGGAGCUGCAGAUUCUCCUGCGCCUGGAGCUGCAGAUUCUCCCGCGUCUGGAGAUGCAGAUUCUCCUGCGUCUGGAGCUGCAGAUUCUCCCGCGUCUGGAGCUGCAGAUUCUCCCGCGUCUGGAGCUGCAGAUUCUCCCGCGUCUGGAGCUGCAGAUUCUCCCGCGUCUGGAGCUGCAGAUUCUCCCGCGUCUGGAGCUGCAGAUUCUCCUGCGUCUGGAGCUGCAGAUUCUCCCGCGUCUGGAGCUGCAGAUUCUCCUGCGUCUGGAGCUGCAGAUUCUCCUGCGUCUGGAGCUGCAGAUUCUCCCGCGUCUGGAGCUGCAGAUUCUCCCGCGUCUGGAGCUGCAGAUUCUCCCGCGUCUGGAGCUGCAGAUUCUCCCGCGUCUGGAGCUGCAGAUUCUCCCGCGUCUGGAGCUGCAGAUUCUCCCGCGUCUGGAGCUGCAGAUUCUCCUGCGUCUGGAGCUGCAGAUUCUCCCGCGUCUGGAGCUGCAGAUUCUCCUGCGUCUGGAGCUGCAGAUUCUCCCGCGUCUGGAGCUGCAGAUUCUCCCGCGUCUGGAGCUGCAGAUUCUCCCGCGUCUGGAGCUGCAGAUUCUCCCGCGUCUGGAGCUGCAGAUUCUCCCGCGUCUGGAGCUGCAGAUUCUCCCGCGUCUGGAGCUGCAGAUUCUCCUGCGUCUGGAGCUGCAGAUUCUCCUGCGUCUGGAGCUGCAGAUUCUCCCGCGUCUGGAGCUGCAGAUUCUCCUGCGUCUGGAGCUGCAGAUUCUCCCGCGUCUGGAGCUGCAGAUUCUCCUGCGUCUGGAGCUGCAGAUUCUCCCGCGUCUGGAGCUGCAGAUUCUCCCGCGUCUGGAGCUGCAGAUUCUCCCGCGUCUGGAGCUGCAGAUUCUCCUGCGUCUGGAGCUGCAGAUUCUCCUGCGUCUGGAGCUGCAGAUUCUCCCGCGUCUGGAGCUGCAGAUUCUCCCGCGUCUGGAGCUGCAGAUUCUCCUGCGCCUGGAGCUGCAGAUUCUCCUGCGCCUGGAGCUGCAGAUUCUCCUGCGUCGCCUUCCACAUCUGGCAUGA